AUCCAACUGUUAUUAACAUAUUAAAGUCUAGACGAAAAAUACCAAAUGUUGGCUCGUAUUUUAAAUUUAACAGCCGCAAAGUAAAUUCAUACAAAAUUGUACACAACGCCGCUUAAACUAGACCAGAACUGUCGAAAUCGAUACAAUAUUAUCGCAAAGAAACAAAGAAGCCAAUCGAAAUCAAUGCAUUGUUAUCGCAAUUCAGUAAUCGGUGGAGGCCAGUCGCAAUAGCAAACAUCAAACAAAAAAAUUAUAUUAAAAUUGCAAAUCAUUUGUAUAUUGAUUUCCUGUGCUCGUAAAUAUCACACAGUGACACAAUGGAACAAAUGGAAGUCGAUGUCGAUGUAACGCCAAAGCCGAGCACCUCAUCUUCGGCAGCUGCAUCUUCAGCAGCUGGCGAUGCCGCCGGCAACAAACAUCCGCAAAUAAAAGGCAAUAUUAUGGCUGCGACGGGUACAAUUGCGUCGGUAACAAUUUCAUUGCAUCCAUUGGUCAUAAUGAAUAUAUCAGAGCAUUGGACACGCUUCCGGGCACAGCACGGCGAGUCGCGUCAGGUGUAUGGCGCACUGAUAGGCAAACAGAAGGGUCGCAAUAUCGAGGUAAUGAAUUCGUUUGAGCUCAAAACCGAUGAAAUUGCGGAGGAAACAAUCAUCAACAAAGACUAUUACAACAAAAAGGAGCAACAAUACAAGCAGGUGUUCAGCGAUCUGGAUUUCAUUGGCUGGUAUACAACGGGCGACAGUCCGACUGCUAGUGACAUAAAGAUUCAAAAACAAAUAGCUGAAAUUAACGAAUGCCCCAUCAUGCUUCAGUUGAAUCCGUUGCCACGCAGUGUCGACCAGUUGCCAGUCAAAUUAUUCGAAUCACUUAUCGAUCUGGUUGAUGGCGAGGCCACUAUGCUGUUUGUUCCGCUAACCUAUACGCUAGCCACCGAGGAGGCAGAGCGGAUUGGAGUGGAUCAUGUGGCACGCAUGACAACAAAUGAAUCGGGCGAGAAGAGCGUGGUCGCCGAGCAUUUGGUGGCCCAAGACAGCGCUAUCAAAAUGUUAAAUACACGCAUCAAAAUCGUCUUGCAAUACAUCAAAGAUGUCGAAGCGGGCAAACUAAAAGCGAAUCAGGAAAUAUUGAGAGAAGCUUAUGCCCUAUGCCAUCGUCUGCCCAUCAUGCAGGUGCCAGCCUUCCAAGAGGAGCUAUACACGCAAUGCAACGACGUCGGCCUUAUCAGCUACUUGGGCACGCUGACCAAGGGCUGCAACGAUAUGCAUCAGUUCGUUAACAAAUUCAAUAUGCUUUACGAUCGCCAGGGCUCAUCGCGGCGUAUGCGAGGACUCUAUCCCUAAGCGGACAUCUGGGGAUAUUUAUUUUAUACAUAUAUUCUGAAUUGCUGCCCAUUAAAUGUGAAAAACAA